GAAUGUGGGUGUGUUUCUCAAGAACCGUCUACAGUGUGGGCUGUUGCAAAGAUGUGGUGGGAAAGCAUAAAAAGGCUCCUCCCUGAAUAGAGGAGACUGGCUGGCACUGCUUCCAAAUAAUCUAGAGGCAGAGGGAGAUAUCCCAGUGGAAAUACUGUGUGGGAUCUCUUUCAAAGAUGUCUGCAGCCCAUUACAUUGCAGGACAAGCAAAGGUCACAUGAUCCUUGGCCUUGUUUGUGAGAUCCUCCACGGUGGUGGCGUCAUCUCUUGGCUCGGUUCCCAGUUUUUUCUCUGCUUCAGAGGCUGUUGUGUUUUUUUGAGCAGUCUGGAAUGAAAACUGCCAGCCACAGAAAAACCCAUGGAGGGGUUCCAAGGAGGAAAUUGUCAACCAGAUCUCCCUCCCUAUGGUGGCCACACCCACCACGGCCAAAAGUUCUGGACCUCGCUUCAGGAGAACGUCGGAAGAACUGAGGGAGGCUUCUUGGGCAGGCAUGGCUUUCUCGGUGGGAGACCCCGUGGAGAGGCUUCAGGAGGAGGUGUCCUGCUCCAUCUGCUUGGAGUACCUCAGGGACCCAGUGACCAUUGAGUGUGGCCACAACUUCUGCCAGGCUUGCAUCUCCAACUACUGUGAGCGGGCAGCGGGCUCUGUGGCCCAGGUGGCUCUCUGCCCGCAGUGCCGGGCUGGUUUCUUGCUGAGCAGCUCGCGGCCCAACAAGCAGCUGGCCAACAUCGUGGAGGGCAUCGAGCAGCUGGCUCUGCGGCCAAGCAGAGGCCCCGGCGAGGUCUUGUGCGAGAGGCACGGCAAGAAGCUGCGGCUUUUCUGCCAAGACGACGGCGAGCCCAUCUGCCUGGUGUGUGACAAAUCCCGAGAGCAUCGGGCGCACACGGUCCUGCCCAUUGAGGAGGCUGCUCAUGACUACAAGAUUAAGCUCAGGGAAGCUGUGGAUGUUCUCAGGAAGGUUCUGGGGGAAGCAUCAAAGCUGGAAGCCCAAGAGGCAGAGAAAACAGCUCAGUGGAAGGAGAAAGUGGAGGAACGCAAAGCGCUCAUUGUGUCAGGGUACGAAAGACGCCGCCAGGCAAUGGCCGAAGAGGAGCAGCUGCUUUUGAGGCAGCUUCAGGAUGAGGAGCAGGAGACGCUGAAGAAGCUGCAGAUGAACUGGGCCUUCCUGCUUGGGCAGAGCACACGACUACGGGAUCUGAUCUCAGAGAUGGAGCAGAAAUGCCAGCAGCCAGCUGCCUCCCUGCUGAAGGAUGUAAAGGUAGCCUUGACCAGGAGUGAGGAUGUAUCACUGCAGGAACCCCAGCCCAUCUCAAUGGAUCUACAGGACUUAUAUGAUGUUCCUGGGCUGAUGGAGUCACUCCAGAGAUACUCAGUACCGGUGACCUUCGACCCGGACACAGCGAAUCCCUACCUGCUCCUCUCUGACAACCUGCUCUGUGUGCAAGUAGGGGAUCAAAAGCAAGACCUGCCCAAGAGCUUCUCCCGCUUUGAGACAUGUACUUGCCUGCUGGCUUGUCAGCAGUUCACAACUGGGAGACACUACUGGGAAGUGUGUGUGGAGAGCAAGACCAGCUGGACCCUGGGGGUGUGCCGAGAAUCUGUGAGCCGCCAAGGAAUCUUCACUCCCUCCCCGGCAACUGGCUUCUGGGCUGUGUGGCUGAGGAACGGCAAUGAGUACGCAGCCCUCACCUCCCCUCUCACGGAACUGGCUCUGAGAGCCAGGCCUGGGGCAAUAGGCAUCUUCCUGGACUAUGAUGCAGGGGAGGUUUCCUUCUAUAAUGCUGAUGAUGGGUCGCACAUCUUUACCUUUGCAGACUCCUUCUCUGGACCCCUCCGGCCGUACUUCUACCCUGGGGUCCGGGCAGGGGGGCUCAACGAUGCUCCCCUCAUCAUCCGACCAGCAUCCAGCAAGACAUCAGGGAAAUCUUGCUCUUCCCUCCAAUGAGUGCUAACUGUGGAACUCACUGCCAGGAGGUAGAGACAAAGUUAUAUGUGCCAAAGUAUUAGAUAUACAGCCCAGCAAGGAAGAUUUGGAAGCUGCAGCUUUUGUCUGGGAAAGAUCCACCUAAUUUUCCAGACACAAGGCCCAGAAAUAAUUUUCUUCCAGAAUUAGAUGUUGCCUUUCCUGAAGCAGGUGGCUUGGCUCACUUUCUUGAGUCCUUUGAUGUUGUUUGCUGUAUUGAGUGCCUUUCUGCUCCACAUCUCAUCACAUGUGGAAUAAAAAUGCUUUCCUAAUCCUGCAGAUGUAGUGCAAUGUGUGGUGUAGUGGUUAAGAGCGGUAGUCUGCUAAUC